AUGGCGGGGGCGCCCGGGGUCGGGCCGGGCGCGGGGGCGGGGGCGGGGGGCGGCGGCGCCGCGGCGGGGCUCAAGACCUACUUCAAGACGCCCGAGGGGAGGUACAAGCUGCGGUACGAGAAGACGCACUCAGCGGUGCUGCACUACAGCCACGGCGGCAAGACCGUCUCGCAGUUGACAGUGGCAUACCUCAAGGAGAAGCCUGCUAGCCAGGGCUCCCAGCCAUCGACACCAAGCUCCAGCAGUGGGAUGCGGUCUGCGGCAGCAAGGCUGCUGGGCACUGGGAACGGGAGCAAGGCACUUAGCUUUGGCGGCGGCAAUGGCGCGAACCGGGCUGUUGCUGGAAGCAGCCGUAUAGGAGGAGGAGGCCUUGGUACAUCUACAGGCCUUGGUGGAUCACAAGGGGCCACAAAUUAUGAUGGAAAGGGUACAUAUAUUGUAUUCAAUGCUGCUGAUACACUAUUCAUCAGCGAUCUCAAUUCUCAGGAGAAGGAUCCACUAAAGUCCAUCCAUUUCAGCAACUCAAACCCACUGUGCCAUGCAUUCGACCCAGAGGCCAAAGAGGGGCAUGACCUGAUCAUUGGGAUGGGAUCAGGGGAUGUUUAUUCAAUGUCGCUGAGGCAACAGUUACAAGAUCCUGGAAGAAAACCCGUGGCAGCUCUACAUUACAAUAAGGGUGAUAAAGAUGUCUCACCCAAUGGAAGUAGGUGCACUUCUGUCGCAUGGGUGCCAGAGCGUGAAGGCAUUUUCGUCGUUAGCCAUUCUGAUGGAAAUUUGUACGUGUAUGAUAAAAACAAGGAUGGGAACACAGACUGUACGUUUCCAGCUGUGAAGGAUCAAUCCCAGUUUAUGGUUGCACAUGCAAAGUCGAGUAAGAGCAACCCAGUCGCUAGAUGGCAUAUAUGUCAAGGUUCGAUCAAUGCAAUUUCCUUUUCACCAGAUGGCGCAUACUUGGCGACUGUUGGGAGAGAUGGUUAUUUGAGAGUUUUCGAUUUUUCAAAGGAACAACUAAUAUUUGGUGGAAGAAGUUAUUAUGGUGCACUGUUGUGUUGCACUUGGAGCUCAGAUGGAAAAUAUCUAUUAACAGGUGGUGAAGAUGAUCUUGUGCAGGUAUGGGGCAUGGAUGAUAGAAAGAUAGUUGCUUGGGGUGAAGGACAUAAUUCAUGGGUUAGUGGAGUUGCUUUUGAUUCAUAUUGGUCCCCACCAAGUUCUGAUGGAAAUGGAGAAAAUGUCUAUCGCUUUGGUUCUGUUGGUCAGGACACCCAACUACUUCUGUGGGACCUGGCACUGGAUGAGAUUGUUGUCCCGCUACGGCAUCCUUCAAGUGCCUCACCGACGUUUAGCAGCGGGAGCCCUUCCGCGCACUGGGACAAUGCAUGUCCUCCAACAGGUGUUCUUCAACCAUCUCCUAGAAUGCGAGAUGUCCCCAAACUCUCGCCCCUUGUUGCCCACCGAGUACAUGCUGAUCCCCUAUCAGGUCUGGUGUUCACCAAUGAAUCAAUCCUCACCAUCUGCCGUGAGGGCCUCAUCAAAAUCUGGGUUCGACCAGACCAGAGCGAAAACAAUCAACAAUCAAAUUCUUCAGAAUUUGUUUUAGGCCCUGUUUCAAAGGAUAGGGCGAUCACAUCUUCGAAUAAAGCAAGUAGCUCCAGCUUCAAGAAGCCGUCGUCUGUUCUUGUCACAUGA